AUCAGCACGUCGCGUCUGAAGCAAGGGAUAUCAAGGCUCUUUAGAGCUGGUCAUCAUCCCUGUCUGAAAGUUCUGUGAUACUUAACUCCUCACUCGGGUCACUCUUCACUUGGAUCUUUCCCCUUCAGAGACUAUCCAUACUAGUUGGCCUGUCUACCGUCUAUUCAGAAAGAUUUUGAAAUGUGUGGUCUGACAGCAUUUCUCCGACUCGGUGGGGAUAAUACCCCACGGAAUAGCGAAGACAACGCCCAAGCUCUAAGCAAGCAAAUCGACGACAGUCUAGAGCUAGUGAAACACCGUGGUCCUGAUGCACGCGGCCAGUGGCUCAGUGAAGACUUACGAGUGGGCCUCGGUCACGUCCGCCUCUCUAUCAUCGAUCUCAGUCCCGCAGGAAACCAGCCAUUCCACGACUCGAACAAUUCGAUCCACGCCAUCGUCAAUGGCGAACUCUAUGACCACGAGAAAUACCGGGAAGAACUCAGCCAGGAAUACGCGUUCAAAAGCCACAGCGACUGCGAAAUUGUCAUCGCCCUGUACAAGCACUACGGGAUAUCGUUUGUCUCCAAGCUGCGGGGAGAGUUCGCCCUCGUUCUUUGGGACGCGGAGCGCCAGUUGCUCUUCUCGGCGCGUGAUCGCUACGGGGUCAAGUCGUUGUACUAUACCGUUGUCGAUAAUCGGCUGCUAGUCGCGACGGAGAUGAAGUCGUUCUUGCCGUAUGGGUGGAAGCCUGAGUGGGAUGUCAAGUCUCUUGCUGGACUGGCUUGGGCUUAUGGACAUCGGACGUUCUUUAAGGAUGUGUAUAAGGUCGAACCUGGUCAGUAUCUGAUCAGUAAGGGGUUUGGACCGCCUGAAGUAAAGACGUACUGGGAUCUGGAGUACCCUGACAAGAACGUUCUUUACCCAGAGACUGAAGAAGAGGUCACCGAGAAGGUGAGAGAACUCAUGCUGGAAUCAGUGCAGAUCCGCCUUCGUGCCGAUGUGGGCGUGGGAGUCUACUUGAGUGGCGGCUUAGAUUCCUCCGCUAUUGCCGGCAUGGUCGCCAGUCUUAUAGAAAAAGGGGAAAGCCUAGGGAAUGACUCUAGUAGGCGGGUUUCAGAAAUGAGCUGUUUCACUAUCCAGUUCGACAAAGAUAGCGGGUUUGAUGAGUCGGAUAUCGCCAGACGAACUGCCGAGUGGCUGGGCGUGGACUUUCAUUCCGUACAAAUGGACGAAGAGGCCAUUGCUUCCAGGCUCGAAGAUGUCGUUUGGCACAGCGAAACCCCUGUUCCAAAUGUGAACGCCACAGGACGAAUGGCAGUAGCAGAGGCUGCCCACGCCAAGGGUCUCAAGGUUAUUCUGACCGGGGAAGGAUCCGACGAGCAUUUCUCGGGAUAUUCAGACUUCAUGCUGAACUUUCUCCUUGAGAAAGACCCAUCAUGGCCGUCCGCCAUUUUCCCCGAAAGCGAUGUCAUUGACGCAAUGAAGGACCAGGCAGUACAGAGAUUGGCCGCCAUCUCACACAAGUUCGACCCGAGCUUCGCGAACAACACCCCGCCCUCCACUGCGCGUAUGCUUAAUCACACAACAAUAGCGAGCCGCAUGUUUCAUGUCAUGGUUCUCCCCUUUGCAGCGUGGGCUCGUGAUGUCGCACAGACACCCAUGGAUACCUUGUUCACGGAGAGUCUAGGCGGACAGACUCUAGAUAAAAUCAUGAACAAGUGGCAUCCGCUAAACACUGCAUCCUACGUUUGGACGAAAAUCAUCCUGGCGAAUUACAUCCUCCGCUACCUUGGCGACAACAUCGACAUGAUCCAUCAGAUUGAGACGCGGCCUCCUUUCCUUGACCACCACGUGACGGAGUACGCGAACAACAUCCCUCCCAGUUUGAAGAUGAAGUAUGACCCGGUCUCAAAGAGUGUCCGGGAGAAGGAAAUCCUGCGGGAUGCCAUGAAGCCAUUCGUUACUGAGGAGAUCUACAAUCGCACCAAGCAUCCUUUCGUAGGACCGUGCAAGUUCAAGGAGGGCGGUCCGAUACACAAGGUGCUGCAGCGUCUCUUGACGGAGGACAAUGUCAAACAGCUUGGCUUUAUGGACUGGGAGAAAACACAGGAUAGUCUUGUCCGCGCGUUCCGUGAUGGGGAUGCAUUGGAGUUUCAGAAAUCACUUGGAACCGCACAGUUUGUGGUUCUAGGACGCCGAUUCGGGGUCGGGAGAGCUCACCCACCGCAUGGCUCCGGGUGUUUUCUAGGUUAAGCAAUAUCCUGUGGGGUGGCGGUAUACAUGCGAGCAUAAGUUUGACACAAAAUUCACACUAUAACCUAGGCAUGAACACGAGAAAAUCGGUUAUCCCGUCUAGUGUUCAACUGGAUGAAUA